GGACUCUGCGAUGGUUUCGCCUCUGGCCGAGCCAAGGAGUGAUCAAGCGUCCUCCUCAUCGUCAUCCUCAGGCCAUUGCGACUCUUCCCUGCCUCCGAUCCUGGAUCGAGUACUUGGCCAGUGAUGUCCAAAGAGGCUCCUCUGAGCUGUGUCCUGCAUUGCCAGGUGCAGAAUCCCUUUCAUGCUGUGAUUGCCAAAGUGCAUGCUGUUGAGCAUGGAGAUCAAACUGACGGGCCACCUUGGAGGCGUUCAUGCAAAUGGAUCUCGGCAGCCGACAAGGCAUUUAUAGAAGGUUGGAUCAUGACUCCAGGCCGUUUCGGCCCCUGUGGCAGAGGCUCUGCCGGUGGAGUGACCUUUUUGGUCGAUCGCCGCUUCUGCAAACGGCGAAGGGCGGAGUAUCAUCCUUGCAGACAAGGCAAGACUUUUGUCCUCCUCAUCUGAAGAGCCGAUGACGUCACCAGCAGAUUUGGCAACAGACUGAAGGCUCCUUCAUCAGGCUUCGAAGGAAAUGCCUGAGAUAGGGCGCCGGCACCGGUUCCUAUGAAGGGGUUUGGAUUGGCAAGAGCAAAAAAAAGAAGCUGCCGUCCAACCUGCACAUUGGGCAGCAUAUAUGCCGACAAG